CAUUUAUUUAUUUUUUUACCGUAAUUAUGUGAGAACGUGAUCUGCGGCUGUGUACCAUACGUAACACACGUUGCGAAGUACUAACCUCGCGUAACAUGCAUCGACGUGGUCUUUAGGUGUUUCUCUAAGGGCGAGAAAGUCGUCGUGACAGCUGUUUUGGGGUCCAAAACGAUGGAAAAUGUAAAAAAAGAUACCAAGACGAAUCCGGCAGCGUCGGCGAAUCUCCUCUCCAAGUUAAUUUUCUGGUGGCUCAAUCCCCUCUUCCGCGCUGGAUACAAGCGCAAGCUUGAGGAGGAUGACAUUUACCCGGUGCUGGAGGAGGACAGCUCAGAGAUGCUGGGACAGCAGUUGCAAAGAUAUUGGGAUCAUGAGGUCCAGGUGGCCACCAAAGAAUUGCGGAAGCCAAAACUUUCAAGAGUCAUCAUCAGGUGUUUUUGGAAGAUCUAUUCAGUGCUGGGAUUGUUCACCCUUGUUGAGGAGGUGAUAAAGGUGAUCCAACCAGUCCUUCUAGGAUAUAUAAUCCGCUACUUUGAGGAUUAUGACCCACACAAUAAAGCGGCCCUGAACGAGACCCUCGGCUACGCAGCCGGCCUUUCAAUCUUCACCAUCGGUCUCAAUCUGUUGCACCACCUCUACUUCUUCAAUGUCCAGCGAGUUGGCAUGAAAAUCAGAGUGGCCAUGUGUCACAUGAUCUACAAAAAGGCUUUGUGUCUCAGCUAUUCUGCAAUGGGAAAGACCACGACAGGUCAGAUUGUCAACCUGCUUUCCAACGAUGUCAACAAGUUUGAUGAUCUGACAAUCUUCCUGCACUUCCUGUGGGUGGGGCCCCUCCAGGCUGCAGCUGUGGUGGGACUCUUGUGGCUGGAGAUUGGGCCAUCUUGCCUGGCAGGCAUGGUGGUCCUCAUGUUCCUAAUGCCCACGCAGACCCUUUUUGGGAGGCUGUUUUCCAAAUUCAGGAGUAGGACGGCCAUUCUUACUGACAGCAGGAUCCGUAUAAUGAAUGAGGUGGUGUCUGGAAUUAGGAUCAUCAAGAUGUAUGCCUGGGAGAAACCAUUUGCUGCUUUGGUCUCAGAUGUCAGAAGGAAGGAGAUCUACCAGAUCAUGAUGAGCUCGUAUUUGCGCGGCCUCAACAUGUCCUCCUUCUUCUGUGCCAGCAAGAUCAUCGUCUUCAUCACCUUCACCCUCUAUGUCCUGUUGGGAAAUAAAAUCUCAGCCAGCCGAGUCUUUGUGACUGUGUCACUGUACACAGCAGUGCGCCUCACUGUCACACUCUUCUUUCCCAGCGCCAUAGAGAAACUCUAUGAGAGCCGUGUCAGUAUUCAGAGGAUCCAGGAGUUCUUGUUGCUGGAGGAGAUGACAAAGACCAGCACUCCUCUGCCGCAUGCCGAGAAGCAAGAUUCUGCUGUUGAGAUCCAGGACCUGAUGUGCUACUGGGACAAGAGUCUGGAUGCUCCAUGUCUGCAGAAUGUCACACUCAGUCUGACUGGAAAACAGCUGUUGGCUGUUAUUGGACCAGUUGGUGCAGGGAAGUCCUCCCUUUUGAGCUCAAUCUUGGGAGAGCUUCCUGUUGAAAAGGGAGGGAUGAAAGUCAAAGGUCAGCUAACCUACGCAGCUCAACAGCCCUGGGUGUUUCCUGGCACUAUCCGGAGCAAUAUCUUGUUUGGAAAGGAGAUGGAUCUACGCAUGUAUGAGAGAGUCCUCAGGGCUUGUGCUCUCAAGCGGGACUUGGAGCUGCUCCCAGACGGAGACCUGACGCUGAUUGGGGACCGUGGCUCCACACUCAGUGGGGGACAGAAGGCUCGUGUCAACCUGGCCAGAGCUGUGUAUCAGGAUGCUGAUAUUUACCUUCUGGAUGAUCCUCUCAGUGCUGUGGACGCUGAAGUCGGAAGGCACCUCUUUGAACAGUGCAUCUGUGGCGUGCUGAAGAACAAACCUCGCAUCUUGGUCACCCACCAACUACAGUACCUGAAGGGAGCAGAUCAGAUUGUGGUCCUCAAAGAGGGUCACAUGGUGGCCAAGGGUACAUACACAGAGCUACAACGGUCCGGACUGGAUUUCACCUCACUCCUGAAGAAGGAUGAGGAGGAGGAACCCCAUCAGUCUCCCACAGACUUCUCCCCCCGAAGCCGAACUUUGUCCCAGAACUCAGUGCGGUCUCAGGCCUCUUCCGGGCACUCGGUCCAAGAUGGAGAACAUUUAGAAGCUGAGCCAGUGCACACGGUGGCAGAGGAGAGUCGUGCACAGGGAUCCAUCGGAUUGAAUAUAUACAUCAAGUACCUACAGGCUGGUGCCAGCGUUUUGGUUGUGGUCAUUGCGUUGCUCCUGAACAUUCUGGCUCAGGUGGCAUACAUUGUGCAGGACUGGUGGCUGGCUUACUGGGCUGAGGAGCAAGGCAAACUGGACAUGAACAGCACCAUGGAGCACAAUGUCACCCAAGUUGACAAAGAGCUGGACCUUGAAUUCUACUUGGGCAUAUAUGGAGGUUUGACCGCAGCCACCAUCAUUUUUGGUUUUGUGAGGACUUUGCUGAUGUUCAACGUCCUGGUGAGAAGUACACAGGCCCUACACAACAGCAUGUUUAACGCCAUCCUUCGCACCCAUGUGCGCUUCUUUGACGUCAACCCCAUUGGUAGAGUUUUAAACCGUUUUUCGAAGGACAUUGGCCAACUGGAUUCCAUCAUGCCGUGGACCUUUGUUGACUUCAUUCAGGUUUUUCUGCAAAUCCUCGGAGUGGUGGCAGUUGCGGUGGGUGUGAUCCCCUGGAUUCUCCUUCCUGUGCUCCCCCUACUUAUUGUCUUCAUCUUCCUUCGGCGCUACUUCCUGGAGACUUCCAGAGACGUCAAACGUCUGGAGUCCACAACUCGGAGUCCAGUUUUCUCGCACCUGUCUUCCUCUCUGCAGGGCCUGUGGACUAUUCGAGCCUUCAGAGCAGAAGGCCGCUUCCAAAAGGCCUUUGACGCCCAUCAGGAUCUGCACUCAGCGGCGUGGUUUCUUUUCCUGACCACGUCUCGCUGGUUUGCCAUACGCCUCGAUGGCAUGUGCUCCAUCUUUGUGACAAUCACCACCUUUGGCUGCCUGUUGCUCCGUGACCAACUGGACGCCGGCUCUGUGGGUUUGGCUUUGAGCUACUCCAUCACUCUGAUGGGCAUGUUCCAGUGGGGGGUCCGGCAGAGCGCUGAGGUGGAGAACCUGAUGACAUCGGUGGAGCGGGUGAUGGAAUACACCGAACUGGAGAGUGAAGCCCCCUGGGAAACCAAAAAGAGACCUCCCCCUGGUUGGCCCAGCAAAGGUCUGGUGACCUUUGACGGGGUCAGUUUUUCCUACAGCGCUGAUGGUCCCAGAGUUUUGGACAACUUGAAAGUGACAUUCCAACCCAAAGAGAAGGUGGGCAUCGUGGGUCGGACAGGCGCUGGGAAAAGCUCCCUGGUGUCAGCCCUGUUCCGCCUGGCUGAACCCGAAGGAAAGAUCUACAUCGAUGGCGUGUUGACUUCUGAGCUGGGACUUCACGACAUUCGUCAGAAGAUGUCAAUCAUUCCUCAGGACCCGGUGCUGUUCACAGGCUCCAUGAGAAAAAACCUCGACCCUUUCAACCAGCAUUCAGAGGAGGAGCUCUGGAAUGCACUUCAAGAGGUCCAGCUGAAGGGUGUGGUAGAAGAGCUUCCUGGAAAACUGGAAACUGUUCUGGCUGAGUCUGGCUCCAACUUCAGCGUGGGCCAGAGGCAGCUGGUGUGUCUGGCCAGAGCCAUCCUGAGGAAGAACCGCAUCCUCAUUAUUGAUGAGGCCACUGCCAACGUCGACCCCAGGACAGAUGAACUGAUCCAGAGGACUAUCCGGGAGAAGUUCCAGGAAUGCACCGUGCUCACCAUCGCCCAUCGCCUCAACACCAUCAUAGACAGCGAUCGCAUCCUGGUUCUAGAUGCAGGGAGAAUCCACGGGUAUGAUGAGCCAUACACGCUUCUCCUGGACCCCUCUUCUAUUUUUCGGAAAAUGGUGCAGCAAACCGGCAAGCAGGAGGCUGCGGCCCUGCUGGCGGCAGCUAAAAAGGCUUAUGAGAGCAGAAGCCGACCGAACCUGAGUAGCGGUGAGGCGGACGGGCCAGAUCGGAGUUUGGUCAUCUUUGAGACAGCUCUGUGAGCCGCACACUACAUUGGAGAGUGUCUGGGACACGUUUCGAUUGUACGGACAUGAUGAGAACCACUGCUGUACAAACUGUAGACAUGCAUGUAUUUAUUUUGCAUACUUGUUGGGGUUUUUUCCCCACACAUAAAAAACGCUGCCUUGUUUUCAAUCGCCGGCUGUCAUUUUAUUUGAGCGUGUGCUCUAUUAAGCCAAGAAAACCCCAACAAUUGCCAAGUGUGUUCUUGUGAGAAUGGUGAGUGUGUUUCCAAUUUUGAAGACCAAAUGCAAGCAGAUUAGCUUUUUAA